CGAGCAGACAAAACACGCGGACGCGGUAGGAACAGACGCGCUUUAGCACCGGCAUUGACAUCUUGUGUGUCGCCGGAAAUAAAACCGGUAACCUUUAAUUUGUAUUUCAUUUGCCAUCACCGCAGAUUAUAAUUUAUAUCCUCAGUGUUAAUUCGCAAUAAUUGAUAAUAAAUAAUUAAUUAUUUAAAAAUAAUUAGAAGAUAAACAGAAAAGUGAUAAAAAUAUCAGAAUGGCUGAUCCAGGACGUGGUAGAGGUUCAGCAGGACGUGGUGCAGCAUUGCUGGCCAUGUUAAACAAAGCACCGGAAGCAGAAGUGGGUGAGGCUGUACCCCACCCACCAGCACCAGCUCCUACACCAGCACCAGCUGGUUCUCAACAACCGGGUGUCCAUGUUGAGCCAACGCGACCUCGUGGACGAGCAUCGCUGAUGGACAUCGCCCGCCAAUUGUCAGCACCCGGCGAGGUUCCGUUUUCUCCACCCGCACCAUCAGGACCAGCACCCGUGUCUCCAUCGAGACCACUGACGGUAUCAACGAGCGUUCCCAUGUCCGGUCGCGGUGCCGGUCGCGCGACACUUCUAAGUCUCGCACAGAAACUGAGUCCUCCUGGAGAACCCGAGCCCAUCAAACCUCGACCUCAGACUGCUGCGCGUCCCGGUGGGGAUUUGCCAGUAACCGCUUCCGUUGCGGGACUCAGUCUCGACUCCAGCGACUCUCGUGGUCCAGUAAUCCGUCAGGGAUCCGAUGGAACUACGAUCGACAUAAUGUCUAAUUAUAUAAACAUCAAAAUAAAUCCCAGCAAGGGAAUCCAUCGCUACGAGUGUAAAUUUGAACCAGAAACCGAUUCCCCACGUCUACGUAACGCUCUGCUGAACCAGCACAUGGCAUUUUUGGGGAGAACAAAAGUUUUUGAUGGAGUUAUUUUAUUUUUACCACAAAAACUUCCACAAGAUCGAACUGUACUAGAGUCAGUACGCAAAGACGGAACCAAGAUAAUAGUGACGUUAAUUUACCAGCGACAACAGCGCGCAGACUGCGCCGAAAGUAUCCAAUUCUUCAACAUCCUCCUGAAUCGCAUUCUCCGUAUGCUGAAGAUGAUCUGCAUCAACAAAAAUUACUACAACCCGCGCGCGCCGCACAAGAUCGAGCAGCACAGGAUGGAAUUGUGGCCCGGGUACGUGACAGCGAUUGAAGAAAUGGAAGGAGGAUUAAAACUGAACAUCGACGCGUCGCACCGCGUGAUGCGCACCGACACAGUCCGCGAUUUCAUCCAAGACAUCUACAAGACCACGCAAGACCGCGGUAAUUUCAAAGAGACGAUCUUCAAAGAGCUCUGCGGCAUGACGAUACUCACCCGGUACAACAACGCGACCUACCGCGUAGACGACAUCCUCUGGGAAAAAAAUCCCACAUUCACUUUUGAUUACAAGGGAACCCAGACCUCAAUUGCCGAGUACUUCAAGUCGCACUGGGAUCUAGUGAUCAGAGAUUUGCAGCAGCCGCUGAUCCUCCAUCGCGCCAAGAAGAAGCUCUCCCAGGGUGGAACCCGCGAGGAAGAAGUUCUGCUGGUACCCGAGCUCUGUUACCUGACCGGUCUAACGGACAAAGUCCGAUCCAAUUUCCGUAUCAUGAAGGACCUGGCCCAGGUGACUCAGGUCCAGCCCCAAGAACGUCGCGGGGUGAUCAGAAAAUUCAUUCAGACCGUCAACGAGGAGCCCGCGGCUGCCCAAUUGCUGGCAGACUGGGGCCUGUGUCUGGCGGACGACAUCGUCAGGCUCAAAGGUCGAGUUCUUCCACCAGAAAAAAUCAUUUUCGGGAACUCCAAAGAAUUUAAUGUCAAUGAGAAGGCGGACUGGGGUCCGAUGGCUGCGCGAAAUCCGGUUCUGACAUCCGCGAGCUUACAGAACUUCUGCAUCGUCUAUGUCCAGAAGGACGAGCGAAUCAUCAACGAGUUCGCCAAGAUUCUGAAGAAUGUCUGCGGCACGAUGGCUAUUAAAUGCGGCGACCCUAUCAAGGUUCCGCUGAGAAAUGACUCCGCCCAGAGCUACAUCACCGAGAUCCGGAAGCUGAUAAAUCCCAAGCUGGACAUGGUAAUCGCGGUGACUCCGACCAACAGGAACGACCGGUACGCGGCGAUUAAAAAACUCUGCUGCGUUGAGUCCCCGGUAAAGUCCCAGGUGAUCAUGACCAAGACCAUCUCCCAGGACAAUAAAAUAAAAAGCGUCACGGAGAAGAUCGCGCUGCAGAUGAACUGCAAACUGGGAGGCGCUCUGUGGGCACUGAAAAUCCCGAUGAACGACAUCAUGGUCGUGGGAAUCGACGUCUAUCACGCGGGGGCCGGCGCCGUGUCCAAGGCUAGUGUCGCUGGUUUUGUUGCGAGUCUCAAUCAGAAUCUGACUCAGUGGUACAGCAAAGCCUACUUCCAGAGACCGGGACAGGAGUACGUUGAUGUUCUUAGAGCCUGCUUCGUUUCGGCGCUCACUUCCUAUCGGAAAGUCAGGGGCGAGUUUCCCAACAGAAUUGUCGUCUACAGAGAUGGAGUCGGUGAUGGCCAGCUCAAUACUGUCGCUAGUUAUGAGGUCGAGCAGCUCUCCAAGACAUUUGCGAUGGUCGAUCCUAAUUAUUCGCCUAAGCUGACGGUUGUUAUUGUGCAGAAGAGGAUCAAUACACGUGUCAUGGCCUUGAGAGGACAGAGAUUAGACAACCCACCGCCCGGUACCAUCGUCGACUCAGAAGUGACCCGCAGAAACUGGUACGACUUUUUCCUGGUGCCUCAAACGGCUCGUCAAGGGACCGUCACACCAACGCACUACGUCGUUCUCCGCGACGAAGCCGAAUUCAAGACUGAUUACAUUCAGAGACUGACUUACAAAAUGUGCCACCUGUACUACAACUGGCCCGGCACAAUCCGCGUACCUGCACCCUGUCAGUAUGCCCACAAACUCGCGAAUCUCGUCGGGCAGAGUAUCGGGACUGAACCCAACGAGUGUCUCGCCGAGUCCUUAUAUUAUUUAUAAAUUAUUUAUUAUUUAAAAUUACUGACCAGUUGAUAAUUUUUACGAGUAUCAGUACCUCGACACUACAAUUAGCGUUUUUCAAAAAUCACGUACGCGCUUUUUUUUUUUUUUUUUUUU